CGCCGGCAAAUUGUCAACGUUACACGAUCGCACACACCACGAUAUUUCGCCGGAAAGAAUUUAGGUGGUUCGGGCCAUUUUUUCUAUGAUUUGGCUCUGUUAAAUUAUUUAACUAACUACUAGAGUGUUCUAGCGGCGUGCAAGAUGAGUACGAUACUGGAAAAGAUUGCCCAAAUCGAGUCUGAGAUGGCUCGAACCCAGCGGAACAAGGCAACGGCUGGGCAUUUGGGUUUGUUGAAGGCACGGUUGGCCAAGUUGCGCCGUGAACUCAUCACUCCGAAGGGAGGCGGCGGUGCAUCGGAACAGGGUUUCGAAGUUUCCAAAACCGGUGACGCCCGGGUUGGCUUUGUCGGGUUUCCCUCGGUCGGAAAAUCGACUCUCCUGUCCAAUCUGGCAGGUGUGUAUUCUGAGGUAGCCGCAUACGAGUUCACAACGCUGACGACCGUACCGGGCUGUAUCAAGUAUAAGGGCGCUAAGAUACAGCUGCUCGAUCUGCCCGGUAUCAUCGAAGGUGCGAAGGAUGGCAAGGGUCGUGGUCGGCAGGUGAUAGCAGUCGCACGUACCUGCAACCUGAUCUUCAUGGUACUGGACGUACUAAAGCCGCUGACACACAAGAAACUGCUCGAGCACGAGUUGGAAGGAUUUGGUCUGCGAUUGAACAAGCAGCCACCAAACAUUUCCUUCCGCAAGAAGGACAAGGGUGGGGUAAAUUUGAACGCAACCGUCGCCCAAUCGGAGCUGGACCUGGACACGGUAAAGACGAUUCUCGGCGAGUACAAGAUACACAAUGCGGACAUUACGCUCAAGUAUGAUGCCACGGCGGACGAUCUGAUCGAUGUGAUUGAGGGCAACCGGAUUUACAUCCCGUGUAUCUAUCUGCUGAACAAAAUCGAUCAAAUUUCAAUCGAAGAGCUGGAUGUAAUCUAUAAAAUUCCCCAUUGUGUACCGAUUUCCGCCCAUCACCACUGGAACUUUGAUGAUUUGCUUGAAAUGAUGUGGCAAUAUCUGCAGCUGGUGCGAAUCUAUACUAAACCGAAGGGACAGCUGCCGGAUUACAGUUCACCGAUCGUGCUGCACCACGAGCAUACAUCAGUGGAAAGCUUCUGCAACAAGCUGCAUCGAACGAUUGCAAAGGAAUUUAAAUAUGCGCUCGUGUGGGGAUCAUCGGUAAAACAUCAACCGCAAAAGGUGGGCAUCGAUCACAUAUUGAACGAUGAGGAUGUGGUGCAGAUUGUGAAGAAGGUUUAAAUAUGAUCGAACCGUGUGCAAAAAGGCAGAAAACUAUCAAUCAAAGUGUUUUUUUUCCGGUACGGUUCUUUGUCUGUUGAUCGGGUUUAAAAAUGUGCGCCAAUAAUUAUGAAAACUGACCGCUUUAAUGAACGCACACACAAACACA